CUUCAGGGGAAACGGCAGGACUGUUGUGGGGCGCUUUUUUUCCUUUUCCAAAUAUAUAUAUAUCCGUUUUCCUUGCGGAUAUGGACGCGCGUAGGCAUUUUUUACGGAUUUUUGUGGAAAUAUUGUGGAAUUCCUGACGAAAAGGCUUUUUAAUAUCCGAAUGAAGGAAUAAUGGGAUUUUUGUUCGACAUUUAAAAACAAGCUAAAGGAGCUAACAGCAGCACAGGUGGAUUAUUCCGCGCGCGCGUGUGUGCGUUUCCUCACACAUCCGGCCCUGAGGGGAAAAUAAACAUCUGCCGACUCAUUAUUAUUAUUAUUAUUAUUAUUAUUAUUAUCGAAGAAAACGAACAAACGACUGACUGAAAGCUCGAUUUUUGUCAAGGAGACACUAAAUUCUCCGUGUCUUCCUUGUCGUUUUGCUUCUCAGUCAGGGAGGAAGGGAUGCUGUUAGCUGUAGCUUCCCUCAGCUAACCGGCUAGCCUUCACAGCGUUAGCACUUUAAAUCCCCAAAUCUCGCUAAUUUACAGAUUUGUGGUUUACACAAAGCUGCAGAUAAGCGCAUAAAUCCGGUUAAUGUUUCCUAUUAAUACGUACUAUCGAGUUUAAAUCGAAAGGAGGAGUGAUUUUUGUGGUGGUUUUUUUUUUCCAGCCAAGUGAAAGAAGCUAGAAGCUAUUCUGAGCUGGAAUGUCAUGCUGGUUUGACUACUGAGGCACUUUGUGUGAAAAAUCAUAUUAAGUCUUAACAAGCCUAUUUAUCAUCUUUUUUUUUUUUUUCCUCCUAGGUGGUUUUAGCCAGCUGUGAGAACUGUAGGAUUUGCAGGAACUUUGUGGUAUUCCAUGGUUGUGUAUAUAAUUCACAAUUUCCAUUUAAAUCUGAACAGAUGUUUAAUAGACUACAUUUCAUGUCAUGUUCUUACACAAACUUAGAUUUCUUAACUGAUUCGGGCGAUAAUGAACCACAGGGAAACACUAAAUAUGUUCUUAAAGUACGAUUCUUUCAUUUCAGUUCAACAUCACACUAUUAUAACAACGUACCACGUUUCUAUUUAUCCGAAAACAGAUAAUCCUGUUUUAUAAUUUUCAGACGGUAUCGUGGAUCAAGGCAAUCUAGAAUUAAAAAAACCCCUGUAGAUUGUGUGUAAACCCAAAACGUUACCAAAACCCUUUCUGAUUUUCAUCUGGAGCAGGAUUUCGUAAAUUAGCUCGAGUUAAAACAUGGCGAUACUGUCGUGAAACAAACUUGGAACUUCUAUCUUGGAAGUUAGACCGAGGCAGUUAGUUUAUUUAUCCUCAAAUACACAGCUGCACAUGGAUCUCAGGAACAUUAUUGCUGUUGGCACUUUGACGAAAAGUGGACAUGAAUUAACUCGGAAUUCCAAACGUUAUUGCUCGGUGGAGUUUUAAUAAAAGGAGAUACCUCCUGGAGUGUUUCAGCAUUACAGAAGAGGAACGGCGCUCCUAAAUGGAGCAGGUUCUCUCCAGCCCGCGAGGUCGUUCCGACUGGGGAUCUGACCAGAAUUCUCUUGGAUUUCUCCUUUUGGAUAACGACGAGGUCGCUGCUGACAGCGGCCAUGAAAAGCCAGAGAGACAUCAGAGGCGAGAGCCUGGUAUUGUGUCUCUAAGCUUUGAUGAGAUAUUUCAGGACAGCUCUUUGAAUCUCGAUGAAUUAUUUCGGGCAUCUCGGUAUACUGGAUUAGACCAGGCGUAUCCAUGGGAGCGUAGUUCGGACUGUGUCGGUCCGUCAUGGGAUAAACAGCAGUCUCUGCCACAGAAACUGGCUGAAGGGGACUGCUGUGAAAUGCCACACGAUGUCGUCACAGCAGAUCUCAUCAGUUUUAAUUCCAGUACGCCCAGUCCCACACAUGGUUGCACAUCUAUGCAGGCUGUGGACAUUUUGCAACCCGUCGAUACGGCUUGCCCUUUAGACGACCUCAUAGGCCAGCUUCCCCUGGAUCCUGUGCUGGACCAGACACACUCUCUGACCCAGCCUGCUCAGAGGACUAGCGUAGUUGAGGAAAGUCAAGACUCGCAUUGGAUAAAAGAUUUGACCUCUUCACAAACUACAUCUGAGAAAGUGACCGACCUCUUGUGUGCAAAUUUGCAAGAUCUUACUGAGGAAAGCUCAAGUAAAACUGCGUCCUAUAAUUUUGAGACUUCACUACUUGAGGGAUUGGUCCCUUCGCCCUUCAUCUACGAUUUGUCAUCUUCACCCCUCUGUUCUGUUUCCCACCCUGACACCUCAGAUAAACUCUCACCAAAGUUGUUUUGGGAGUCACCUGUUCAGCCAUGUGAUGGCAGCCAUGCUAUCCUCCUCCAGACAGUUGAGACUACAAGUGCAGGAUUGUCUUCAGAAAAAGAACUCGAUAUACCUUCAGUUAGUAAUAUGAUCUCCGAGGUCCAGUCUAGGCCACCGUCACCUGCGGGUCUGUUAGCAUCGAGCGAACCGUCUGUACGAGAGAGAACGUCAGCUGAAUCGGAUUUGGAGGCCAAACCUGGGAUAGCGACUGAUGGUCCACUUGAGGGCAGCUCUCUAGGCCUAACUGAUGAAUGUCCACACGAGGAUGAGACGAUUGUAGAAAUGGAGAGCGACAUCCCACUUAACCUUGUGGUGCAGGAACUUGAAUCUGAUUUUGCUCAAGCAGUUCUGUUGUCGUCACUUACUUUCAAACCUGAGCAAACGACUCCAGUGGAGUCCACAUCAACCUCUCCGGUCUCAUUUUCUCAUCAGACUGACUUCUCUCCAGAGUCUAGUAAUGAUGUGCCUUGUGUGAAUACACAUGGUUCUGAGUUUGACGCUGACUUGAACGAAAACUCAAACCUGUCUGCAAUAUGUGGCUCACAUUUCGAUGGCAUCCAUAACCCAAAAUCACUUGCCUGUGGCAAAGAAAUUAUUCUCGAUACCUUUCCUGCUUUGGAGAAAGAACCGCCUCUUGUUUCUCCUUCAGUUUGCCUUAACCUUGAGGCAAAUGCAGAGACUGACACAAUCUCACAUGACUCUGAAUCUCAAACGCACACCUCAUCAGAAAUAGAAAGUAAACACAAUCUUUCAGAGAGCGCUAACUUGCCUGAGGACACGGGCAAAGAACUGACAAUCAACAUGCCUGGUGUCGACACGGUAGACAAAGUCAUGCAUGCACUUGCUGCUGUGGAUACACACCACCUUUUGCACAUUCAGGAAGUGGCAUCUGUUCACACAUCAGUGAGUGGUACAGCUCGGUACUGCCAGGAUCCGAAUGGCUGUACAGCUGAGAUAAACCAGCGACCAAACACGCAGGAUGAACUGGAGAGCGUUUGCUUUGGCACCCAUAACUAUACACUUGAAAAGUGUGCAACUCCAAAGGACAUUCAUGCAAUAUCUGAUGAUCUUCAGGACCCACGCACACUGACAGAGCCAUCUGAUGGCAGUGUGAAUACACACACGCCUGACUCAACACCUGUUUCCAAGGAAAGCAAACCUUCGUGUGCAAUGUUACCUGCCCCAGGAAGCCAAAAAGCUGAAGUCUGGUGUGUGCAAGAGGGGGAAAAGGAAGGCAGGGAUGGUGAACCUGAUGAUGUAACCCAUGCCUCUGAGAGUGUUCCCGGCUCUUUAGACUCCGCCCUUCUCUCAGGGACAGAUGGUCCGUUCAGUCAAGUGGGCAUGGCCAUGGAGCAGGAAAGGGGAGAGGCUACAUCAAGACUCAGUCAGUCAGCUGACCUGAGGGUAGAUGGAGCAGCUGAUCUACCUGACCAACUUACACAAGCAGACUUGUCUCCGGUAGCAGAGCCACAGGUAACCUCGCUCAGAAAUGAGUCUCCCAGUGGAAUACGUCCACCUCUGAUGGAGGACGUUGUUGCUCCUGACGGUCCCAACAAUGCCGAAAUGACUCUGGAGUUAUGCGUGAACUCGGAUAUGAUCCAGGAUGGGAAUGUAGGUGCCGGCGCGCUUCCAGCAGCAGGCAUUCCUCAGGAUGAGGACCCCUCGGCCCUGCGGGCAGUUUUCCAAGCUCUCGAUCAGGACGGAGACGGGUUUGUCCGCAUCGAGGAGUUUAUGGAAUUCGCCACGGCGUACGGAGUGGAACAGGUGAAGGACCUGACACGUUUUCUCGACCCGAGCGGCCUCGGAGUCAUCAGCUUCGAGGAUUUCCACAGAGGCAUCACAGCCAUCAGCAACGGAGGAUCUGACCCAGAUCUCUACAAGCUACAGCUCACUUCAGGGGAUGCCAGUGGAGCAGCCGAGGAAUAUGACGAGCAGGCGGAGGUGUCGGACAGUGCGUACUUGGGCUCAGAGAGCGCGUACAGCGAGUGCGAGACGUUUACAGAUGAGGACACGGGAGCCUUGGUACACCCAGAACUGCACGAGGACGUCGAGACGGACAGCGGCAUCGAAAACGCACUGACCGAGAGCGAGGACCGCAACAGGUUCUCUCUUGGUUCGGAUUUGCAUGGCCACGCCCUCGUAGCAGUGAUUGGUGGGGAGGAGGAGCACUUUGAGGACUUUGGGGAGAGUAACUCCGCCUCCGAUCUUUUGCUGGCCAAUCAGGAGGAGGGGAGGGCAGCCCCGGAACAAGAGGGAGACUCGGAGCCACACCCUCAUGCUGGCAGCCCAGUGCACCGCCCACCGAUGCUGCUUUCACCCAGCUCUGAGCCUUUCCCCUCCAGCUUCCAGAAUUUCCUGCAGUCGGAAUCUCUGGAGUUUUUCUGCACUCACUGUCACAAACAGAUCAGCCGCCUCGAGGAUCUCUCCACGCGCCUGCACUUACUAGAAAUGAAUAGCUCCAGCAAGAGACUGUCCAGUAAAAAAGCAGCAAGGCACUUGUUACAGUCCAGCGGUCUGGAUGGUAUGAGCGACCUGAGCCGUGACAUCCUGGAUCUCGCUGACAGUGACAUCACUGAUAAGGUGCUGCUUCUGGAGCGGCGUGUGUCUGAACUGGAGAAGGACUCGGCAGCGAGCGAAGAGCAGCAUGCCCGUCUGCGGCAGGAGAACCUGGCCCUGGUGCACCGCGCUAACGCCUUGGAGGAGCAGCUCAAAGAGCAGGAGGUCCACGCCGACGAGACCCUGAACACACUCGCCCGCAAACACAGAGACGCUCUGAGCAAACUGCAACGUGAGAGAGAGCUGGAGAUCGAGAACCUGCAGGCCAGGCUGCAUCAGUUGGAUGAAGAGAACAGUGAGUUGAGGUCAUGCGUGCCCUGUUUGAGAGCCAACAUCGAAAGACUGGAAGAGGAGAAGAGAAGGCUCCAGGACGAAGUGGACGAUGUGACGGACAGGCUGAACGAAGAAACAGAGUCCCGAAGGAAGAUGGCCGACAAGCUGAGCCAUGAACGCCACACCAGCCAGAAAGAAAAAGAGACCACACAGGAGCUGAUCGAGGACCUGAGGAAGCAGUUAGAAAUGCUGCAGCUGUUCAAGUUGGAGAUGGAGGCUCGGCGAGGCCGCUCACCCGCCGCCGGACUGCAGGAAUACAACACGCACAUGAGAGAGAACGAGCUGGAGCAGGAAAUCCGACGACUCAAGCAGGAUAACCGCAGUUUGAAGGAGCAGAAUGAUGAGUUGAAUGGACAGAUCAUCAAUCUCAGCAUUCAGGGAGCCAAAAGCCUCUUCACUGAGUCUCUAUCAGAGUCGCUGGCAGCAGAGAUCAACAACGUCUCUCGCGCAGAGUUAAUGGAGGCCAUCCAGAAGCAGGAAGAGAUUAACUUCCGCCUGCAGGACUACAUCGACCGCAUCAUCGUGGCCAUCAUGGAGUCCAACCCUUCGAUACUAGAGGUCAAAUAAUCACCACGGCGACAGACCCUGAAUACACAUCGGCACGGAAGCUGAGCGACGUACACGUGAAAGGAUAUAAAGUUCUUAUUUAUAUCUCAGCUGCGCUUCUGCUCUGUCAUAAUGCAUCAUUUCAGGGACGUGUGUGUGUGUAUGUUUAUGUAUUGUGUAUGUUGGUUCCUGUGACUUCCCUGUGGUAUGGGAUUGAGGGGCCCAUUCCUUCAAGGGUGUGCGUGUGUGCAUGUGUCAAAUUGACCAGUCAGUUAAAAAAUUAGUGAUUUUUAAAAUGAAAUCUGUACCGCGAUCAUUUAGAGGUCCCUGGAUGAAAAAAAUUCGAGAACUUCCGUCUUAUGUGACAUGGGAUUCAAAUAAAUACCCGCCAUCUUCGACACAACACGAUGCUAUCGAAUCCAAAAUGGCUUCCUGUUAACUACAUGCCCACUCCGGUAAGCCAGUAAGUGCUUCCUGGAAAUAUGACGUACUUGUAAUGGACAAUUUUUAAAUUUUAUUGUUUAUUUAAAUAAUCUGGCAGCAAUAUCGUACAAGAGGAAGUACUUAAAUAUCAGCACAGCUGUGAUUCAGUUGUAGGUAUUCAGUAGAACAGCUUGACCUGGAGUGUGAUAUUGCUUUUAGGCAACAGCUCUAUAAACGAUAAAUUAAUAUCGAGUAAGUCACACUUUGGGCACAAUAGAGCCAAAUGUUCCAUUUGUUUUUGCUGCAUCAGCAGACAUGGAUCUCUCCGUUCCCGUUAAAGGUGCUUCCGGUAAAAUUGGCAUCCCUUCUUCCUAUGUAGUGGAAGUUCAUUAUGUCUGACUAUUUAAGUAUUUUUAAGUUCGUUUCUUAGACAAGGAUUUUAAGAUCGUACCUUGUUGACAGUCUCGGCGUGAAACUUCCGCCUUCCUCAGAAUUGUCACCAGAUGUCAGGUGGUGACGUGCCUUAUCAGCUGAUGUUACGUUACGGAGGCGUGAACGUCCUGUCCGAUUUGACAGGUAGUCCACGCCUCCUGCUGUCAGGUCGCUCCCCCAGGACGGCACUCCAGGUGCGUGACAGCGUGUACGCUCCCUCAUCCCGGUUUAUUGUCCUUUCUGCCCGCUUGCGUAUCUCCACUGCCUCUAAAAUCCAACGCUGGUAUUUAUCGUAUUUAAGGUACGAUCUUAAAAUCCUUGUCUAAGAAACGAACUUAAAAAUACAUAUCCCUUCUUCCUAUUCAUCUUCAUUUGAUGAGCUUUCAUAUUUUAAGUUAAAUGUUAUAUUCCUGAUCGCAAGUAUCAUUUGCCAUGUCCGCUGAUGAUGUCACUAACGUUACCAUAGUUAAAAUCAGGAAAUGGGGUUUUGCCUGAUGAGCGGAGUGAUGCGUGCGCAUGCACACACAGUGAAGUGUCCCAGUCCUGUUAUCGCAAAAAUAUGAGCACUCCGUGAACACCGCUCGUCCAAUCAAAUUAGGGGACUGGAACUAACUGUUGUAUAAACAUACAUACACACACACACACACGUGCAGCUGUUAUUUUGUUUGUUUGACUUCAAGUUUAGCUCCAUGAUCAAACCCAUGUGAUGGACACUAUGUGGCCUGAGAGGGUGUGUGUGUGUGGGGUGUUCUCAUAACUUAUGAGUGUGAUGAUCUUUGAUAUCGUUUAAGUGAUAAUGAGGGGUGUGUGUGUGUGUGUGGAUUUUAGUUCAGUUUUAAUUUCCCCUCAUUUAUUUAUUACAAUGACGCAGAAGGCUGCAGACUGAAACGGAGAAAACUCCAGAAACUGAAAGUGUCGCAGAGCCCUGGAGGUGGAGCGUUGCGAUUGUAAAGGGGCGUGGCUCUGAGCCCAAGUGUGCUUUCCUGCUGAGUGAACGAAGACGCCCUGCAAGGGACGUCCUGUACACUGCAAAGGUGUUUGUUUUGAAUGACUAUAUAAAUAUAAAGAUGUAUAUUUCCUCACGUGGAGGCUGAAGAAAACGGUUGCACUCGAAAAAUUUGACGGAUCCCUCAGCUGGAAUGAUGAGAGUUUAUUUUCUGAUUAAAUUAUUUUGAACUGAUGAACCAGAGGGAGAGAUGGAGAAAGUACAGAUGGACAUGAAAGGCUUCGAGAGGAACUGUUGAGACCCGGGCACUCAUUCUCUCGCUCGCUCGCUCUCUCUCUCACACACACAUACACACACACACACACACAUAAUCCUGUCUCUAUCUUCGAACCUGAAAUGAUCCUCUGCAGACUGAUUUCUCAUCCUGUUUCACUUCUGAUUGGUAUUUUGUAGAUUGAAGGAAAGAGUGUAAUUUUGUCUUCCAAUGUCACAUGAAUUGUGAGAGUGUGUAUUAGAAUUUAAUGUACAGUAUUACACUGAACAUGACACCGUAUUUUCCGGACUGUAAGACGCCCUCUAGCAGGUUAAACUGCAAUUACUACAGUUAAAAAAAAAAAAAGUGCUAAAAUUUGUGCACCCUAAUCUGUUUAUUCGGGGUUUUACAGUAGAUGUGCUUCUCCAGGACUUGUUUUUUUUUUUUUUUUUAAACUGUUUGACAGUAUGGCUGUCAAAUAUAGCAUAAAUAUACUAACAUAGCGUAAAAAAGGCACGUACUUUUAAUGUAACUUGCACAAUAUGUAACAUGUAUAUAUUGGUUUGCUUGGUUUUUUUUAACCAAGCAAAUAAAAUCUGGAAAAUACGGUAAAAGUGCUGAAAUGUGUAAAUUUCGGGAAAAAGAAUAUUUUUAUUAUUUUUAAAAUCCCCCCCCCGACCAAACUUAUUUCAGCAUUUCUGUCACAUAUAAUGACCUUCAUAUCGUCCAGUCCUGUGUUUCAGGUGUCUGUUCUGUGAUCUCCUACUAUUUCUGCUUUAUUUUUUAACACUCCAAAAAGCAAAAGCAAGACCAUAUUUUCUGCAUUGUGCAAUCUAGCCCUUCAUUACAGCUGGUCUUGAACAGUUAACUUUUUUCACUUGUAAGAAUCCUGGAUGUGCUAACGUGUGUGUGUGUGUCUGUCUGUCUCUCUCUCUCUUUCUCUCUCCCUCUCUCAAUAUGUAUAAAGAUACUGACUGAUCUGUGUAUAUAUAUAGGCGUUCCACUUUUUUUUUUUUUUUUGUGAAUCCGCACUCGCACACUUGAAAACGUCCAGAGCAGGAGCUCCACUCGUCACUUAGAAAAUCGUGAAUACUAAUUUUAGUUACGAGUAGACAUAACACAUUCUCGUUGUAAAAAUAAAGAUGAAAUCUAUUCUGAUUAUAAGGCGACAUGUAUAGAAGGAUAAACUACGAUAUCAGUAUUGUCUUCUGCUGCAAGGUUUUUCUUUUCUUUCAAAGAUGGCCCUCAAGAUGCAUCUCUUAUUGUCUGAGGGUCCUGUAGAUUUUUUGAGUAAUUGUAUAAAGGUGAAAAAUAAAAUAGGAAAUGAACCUAGAUGCGAAUCAAUAAAAUAAAA